CACACAACCAAACAUCUCUCUCUCUUCUCUUCUCUUUCUCUCUCUUCUCAUCGCUUUCUCUCUCUCUCUUAUCUAUCAAAUGCAUAAAAGUCAGUUAUUCCCACACAUUUAUUUCUUCAUUAUAUAAAAAAAUAUCCCCACAUAUUUCACGUUUUCUCUUUCAUGUCCACCUCACUCAGCCAUUCCUCACCCCUUCAAACUACCACUCCCCUCACUCUUCCCCACUUCCCUCUCUUUCUCUCUCAACCACACACGAACAUAGAUAGAUACACUCAUACACAAUUCACUUUUCCUUUUUUUUUUUUUUUUUUUUUCUUUUUUGGGGGAUGGGUUUUCAGGGAAAAGAAUCUUAUAAUCCAAGAAUAAGUAGCUAUAUCGUUACUAUCUAGCAAGUAGGUUUUUUUAGUUUCAUCGUACAUGUCAAUAAAUUCCAUAUCUACCUUGGAAUUGCAAACUGUCUGAAAAACAAAACCCAAAAUUCAAAACAAAAAAACCAUGAAGAACUGCAAUAACAGCCUACAAGAAUGGCCAGAGCCAAUCGUCCGAGUCCAAUCCCUGUCGGAGAGCGGCCUACCUUCCAUCCCCGACCGUUAUGUGAAACCCGACACCGAACGACCGUCGUUUGACUCGUCAAACGACGCCAACAUCCCCGUCGUUGACAUGAGCGGCCUCUACGGCCACGACGACGUCGUUCGGACCGCGACGCUGCGGAUAGUGUUGGAGGCAUGCCGCGAGUGGGGAUUCUUCCAAGUCGUCAACCACGGCGUCAGCCCCGAGUUAAUGGACGCGGCUCUCGGAGUUUGGCGCGAUUUUUUUUAUUUGCCGAUCGAAACCAAGCAACUCUACGCCAACUCGCCGAGGACUUACGAAGGCUACGGCAGCCGUUUGGGAGUUCAGAAAGGCGCCAUUCUUGACUGGAGUGAUUACUACUUUCUUCACUAUCUUCCCUCCUGUUUGAAAGAUUACAAGAAGUGGCCUCACCUUCCUCCUAAUUGCAGAGAAGUAAUUGAUGAGUACGGAAGGGAAGUGGUGAAGCUGUGUGGGAGACUCCUACGGGUAUUAUCGGUAAACCUUGGACUAAAAGAGCACUUUCUUCAAAAUGCCUUUGGCGGGGAGGACAUAGGAGCAUGUCUAAGGGUGAACUAUUACCCAAAAUGCCCUCAACCAGAGCUGACCCUAGGACUGUCGUCUCACUCGGACCCUGGAGGGAUGACCCUGUUACUACCGGAUAACCAAGUCACGGGCCUUCAAGUCCGAAAAGACACUUCUUGGAUCACAGUCAAACCUGCUCCACACGCUUUCAUUGUCAAUAUUGGUGAUCAAAUUCAGGUAUUGAGCAAUGCAAUAUACAAGAGCGUUGAGCACAGAGUGCUGGUAAAUUCAGGCAAAGAGAGGGUAUCACUUGCCUUCUUUUACAAUCCAAAAAGUGACAUUCCUAUAGAGCCAGCCAAGGAGCUCGUGACGCCAGAUAAACCAGCACUAUACACACCCAUGACAUUCGAUGAGUACAGGCUUUUCAUCAGAUUGAGAGGUCCCCGUGGCAAAUCCCAAGUGGAGUCACUAAAAUCUCCUCGGUGAUAGUGACAAAUCAUUUGAAUAUAAUAUUAUGAUGAUUAUUUUUUUUUUCUGGGAAAUCAUUUGAAUAUAAUAAUAUGAUGAUUAUUUUUUUUUCUGGGGAAAUAUAUUUAUAUAUUGAUUUAUAUAAUUGACAACGAUUUUAUUCGCUGUAAAUGUAAAUAAAAAAAGCCCCUUUUAGUGGCCGUCAUUGGGUUAAUUGUACAUCAUGUAAUCGUAAAAGGGUAAUCGUGAAAGGGGAUUCACAUGGCCUAAAAUUUAGAUGAGGGUCAAUGUGAAAACAUAGUGUAGAAAGAGAUAUUAAGAAUAUUGAAUGAGUACUCCUUGUUCGUGAUUUGUCAAUUAUGAAUGUUUGGAAUUGGUGGG